GCCAAAAAAGAUGCUUCCUUUUUCGUUUGCUGGCGUCAUUCGUAAAUUUUACUCCGCUUCUUCUUCCUCCUCUUCUUUGCCCCCCUCGAAAACACCAUAGACGACAUCGCCGCUCUCAAUUCACCACAGAGCGAGCUCGACUUGAUCGAUAUUUCAUCCGAUUGAAUACGAUGCUAGGCCAAUAACCACGCUGAACGGCCAUUGCACGCGUCGACUCCGAGCUAACCCCCGCUGCGUUUAGCUGCUUUUAGCUCCUGGAGUCUUCCGACCGACCGAGUCUCCCCCAUCGCCCAUUUCCCGUCCUUGCGCGCACACCGAUUGCGCGCAAGACAUGCUCUAGUAGAUAUGAGCGUGUCGAAGGAGGGCGCUGAGGCGGCGGACGGUCUCGACGAAUCGCAGAGUCACCGCGAUGCUCGCAUCAAACUGCUCUGGGACCGUCUGUGCCCGUCUGGCGCCAACGAGCUCGACGAAAAAGCUUUACAAAAGGGAUUCCAAAAGAUUGACCACCCUCUCAAAAACGCCGAUAGUCUGCUCAAAAAGAUCAUGAGCGAGGUGGACCGCAACCACGACGGCAAAAUCCAAUACGACGAAUUCCAAUCAUGGGUCGAAAAGGCGGAACGACAGCUCGAACAUCUCUUCAGAGCCAUCGACAAGGACGGCAACGGACAGCUCGAUCUCAACGAGCUCCAGGCCGCCUUUAGGAGCGCUGGCCUGACCGUGUCCAACCAGAAGCUUAAUCACUUCUUCCAAGACAUGGAUGACAAUCACGAUGGAUUCAUCAGCUUCAAAGAGUGGAGAAACUUCCUCCUCUUUAUGCCCGCACACCUCGACGAAUCGAAACUCCGCGCCGUCCUCUCUUAUUAUAAUGCCGUGGUCAACGUCUCCCCCGAAGGAGACUCGUCCGUGAGCGAUGAAACCCUGGAAGGCUUAGGUACGGAAAGCUCUUCCAGCUCUCUUGUUAACAGUCUGUUUGGCUCUUUUUACAGAGUCGUCUCCCCGAUGCCGCCGCGCCCUAGACCAUCAUCACAAUCACAGACGACGGCAUCCUCGUCCUCCUCUCCCUCCUCAUCAAUAUCAUCAUCACAGCCAUCAUCAUCAUCUUCAACACCGCCGUCCCCGACCUUGCCUGGCGAGGUUGCUGCCAAUGGAGGAGAGACAAGGUCGGGGGCGGCCGUGAAAUCAUCAUCAUCAUCACAUACUACUACUACUACUUCUUCUUCAAAACAUAAUACCAGCAGAGUGUCAGAGGCUGGACCUCUGGCUGGAAGUUUUGCUGCGGACCAAGACCCGGCAAGGCCGGAUCAUGGCAAGCCUCUGUCGGCGUAUGCAAACGCUGCUACUGGCAAUGGCAUCCAAGACGAGGACGAGGACGCCUUCUAUGAGGAAUACGCCGAGUCCACGCAACCGAAAAAGUUUAGACUAACAGACUUUGCUCCUGAUCCAGGCUACUUCCUUGCGGGUGCCAUUGCCGGUGGUGUAUCAAGGACAGCAACAGCACCUCUCGACCGAUUAAAAGUCUACCUUCUUGUGAAAACCACAGUUGGGCAGGAGACCGCCAUUGGCGCUCUGAAGCAAGGACGGCCGAUCGCUGCUCUCAAGAAUGGCAUCCGGCCCUUUAGCGACGCCGUCACCGACUUGUACAUGAAGGGCGGGCUUCGCGGCUUCUUUGCCGGCAACGGCUUGAACGUUAUCAAGAUCAUGCCAGAGACAGCCAUCAAGUUUGGAUCCUACGAAGCCGCGAAGCGAGCGCUGGCCAACUUUGAAGGCCACGGCGACCCAUCGCAGCUUCAUUCGUAUUCCAAGUUUACCGCCGGUGGCCUUGCAGGCAUGAUUGCUCAAUUCUGCGUAUACCCGCUCGACACACUCAAAUUCCGACUCCAGUGCGAGACCGUCGAGGGCGGCCUUACUGGUGCAGCGCUCGUUCGCCAGACAGCAUCCAAGAUGGUUGCUGAGGGUGGACUUCGCGUCUGGUACCGUGGUGUUACCAUGGGCCUGAUUGGCAUGUUCCCGUACAGCGCCAUCGACAUGGGCACGUUUGAGCUGCUCAAGACGACCUACAAGGGCUACUAUGCCAAGAAGGCAGGCUGUCAUGAGGACGAUAUUGAUGUGAGCAACGUCGCCACGGGCAUCAUUGGCGCUACAUCUGGCGCUUUUGGUGCUACUGUCGUCUAUCCGCUCAAUGUGGUGCGCACGCGUCUGCAGGCACAAGGAACCGCCAUGCACAGCGCUCGAUAUACCGGCAUCUGGGACGUUACAACCAAGACGAUUGCCAAGGAAGGCAUUCGCGGUCUCUACAAGGGUCUGACGCCCAACAUGCUCAAGGUGGCGCCGGCGCUGAGCAUCACCUGGGUUGUGUAUGAGAAUUCCAAGAAAUUCCUUGGUCUGCACUAAACUUUGCACACGCAAACCUAUUUUCUUUUAUUUGUCCAGCCAUGCAUACCUAUUCAUAUAAGUCCUCUCCAUAACGACAGACAUCUGGAGUCAUUUACCUUCACACCGCUUUUUUUUAUUUAGUUUUAUUAUCACAUGCAUUGGCCCAAUUUAGGAAAGAGAGAGAGAGAGAUAUUAGCGUUGGGAGUGGUCUGGUCCGAGGAGGACAGGUAGCCAGGACUACACCAAUCAGCAGAAUUCCAUAUAGAUGCGGGUUUAAACCAAGAGCGCUAGACAAAGAUGCGUGUAUAUAGACAAAUGAAGACAUAUACACAAUAUAUUCUAAAUAGUCCUCUGUAAUUUUACAGCGAAGGCUCAAUGGCCGCUUUGGAGAAGCUAUGAUCUGGCGGUUGUCUUGGGCUCCAUGUGUUUCUCCUUGUCGGCCUCGGACAGCUCCUCCCACUGCCGCUGCAUCGCCUCGCGGACUUGCGUAUAAUUUUCCGGUGUCAGCCACUCCUCUUUCGGAGCAUGGUAGACACAUUUCACCUCUGCUCGGAACGUGGCCUUGGCGACUCCCUCGGGCGGGUUAUACCAGUCUUCAAACAUGACGAACCAGAGCGUCAGCCAGUGCUUAUGAGACGAGCCGCGGCGGAUGUCGGCAUACAUCAAGCCAAAUGUCAUCUGAAAUGUGAUUGUCUCCAGAUUCGGCAACUGAGUAAACAGCUCCUCGGUGGUGAUCCGCAUAUAGUCAAGGCCGUAGUUGCGAAAGUUGUAGGACCUGUCCACGCUGUACUCUGCGACAAAGUGUCUGAUUUUAGCGAACCACGGCUUCUGCGAGAACCAGAUAAGGACAGAAGCGCUGCACUGGAGAGUGCCCGUACUGAAUGGGAACCAUGACCCAAUGUUGGAUACGUUUGAAAUGUUGUGGAAGAGGAGCUGGCGUGUCUGGUAGGCCUCGCGGCAGGCGUGCGCGGGAUCGUCGCGGGCUAUGAGCGUCGCUUUGAAGUUCUUGAAGCCGUGCUCUCCGGGGUCGAGCAAGAACGAGUUGUUCUUGUCUAUGCUGUAGUCGUUGGGGCCUGGUUUCACGUGUCUGUCGCUAAAGUCGGCGUUGAGGUCGACAAUGCGAAGUUUAUUGGCGACGCAGACUGCCCAUAUGAGCUGGCGCAGUUCGGAUGGUAGCCUUGGGAAGAGAUGGAAUUCGCUCAUAUUGAUUGGCAGUAGGUUUAUAUUUGGUGCAAUAUGUGUGCUUGGCGAUGCAAUAGCCUGUUGUUUUAUGACUUCUACAUCCCGUAUGGUAGUGUUUAGGAAGCUUUACACACGGUGGGCGUCGCCUAGGCGG